UAAAAACCAGUUGAAGUUCGCGCUCGUCCUGUUAACACUGUGUCCUGUGUACUUUAACGUCUCCCUACCGUAAGCGCAUCGCCAAGCUAAACUACCUGCCUUAUUCUUUUCUAUUUCGUUACUUACUUCCUUUCUAAUGUUUCACGAGUCUGACCGCAAAUGCAGGGCACCGCAGGUGACUGUGCACAAGCCUGUUCUUUCGAAGGAGGCGGAAGCAGAUGCACUGGACAAGGCAGGAAAGACCUUGGAAACUGUGGGACGACUCUUGCAGGGAGAAGACGUUGCACUGACUCCAGAUGCACAAGAACACCUUAUAAGUGCCCUCCGGGUCGCAUCUGCAAACGGCGAAGUCUUGAGUGAAGAAGGCUCCGAGUACAUCCUGCCAAUCAUUAUUCGUGGCGUUGUUCAGGGUGCGAUCGCCCAUGUUGUCCACAAGAAGUUGAACAAAGGAUAAACACAUAUCCCUGUGAAACAAAUGAAGCCUAGCUGCAGCGCUAUCGUGUGACCACAAGCAGCCUCCAAAACCACAUUUCCAGUAGCUUUGUUUGUAAGCGUGAUCUUCAGGGAACCACGUAGUUUUCAACGUAAUAAAGCUUUGUCUAAUCUGGUGAAACCCAUCUUCUCUUCGUAUUUCACGCUUUGUUGUUUUUCAUGAAGCUGGCAAUGCUGCUGUCGUAUGCAGUACAUACACUCUUUAU